UACAAGAAGAAAUUGACCAUUUUUCCUGAGCAUCCAACGUUGAGGACACGUCCCAAUUAAUUGUUCAUUCUUCUUCUUUUGAUUUUGAUUUUUGAUUUUUUAAAUCAAAACAUUGAGAGGAUUCAUGAGAGUCACGCGAGUGUCCUGUGAAACUUUAUCGAGACUUUCCCUCUCAUUGGAGAGGUACCGCAACCGCAAGCAUCGGAGUUGACCGCAUCUCUUCACCGAGGACCAGCGAGCGGACGACGGCUGCCUCAAGAUGAGUUGUCAACAAGUCCUCACCUAUCUGCGGAUAUUUGGGACCACAAUGUUUGGUGUUUCACUCCUGGUGGGCAUCUCCACUGCUUACAUCAUGGGCUACCAGUUCUUCACCACAGCCCACAAUCAUCUGUCCUUUGGACUGUAUGGAGCUAUCUUGGUUGUCCAUCUCAUCAUCCAGAGCCUCUUUGCACUCUUAGAACAUCGAAAUAUGAAGCGGUCUUUAGAGACGCCAAUCAAACUGAAUAAAACUUUAGCACUAUGCAUUGCAGCAUUUCAAGAGGACCCAAACUACCUGAGGAAAUGCCUGGUGUCAGUAAAAAGGCUGACAUACCCUGGAAUCAAAGUCAUCUUGGUGGUCGAUGGUAACUCAGAUGACGACCUGUAUAUGAUGGAAAUUUUCAAAGAAAUCAUGGGAUGGGACAAGGUCGCCACAUAUGUGUGGAGGAGUAACUUUCACAGCAGGGGGCCAGAGGAGACAGAUGAGAGCUACGCUGAGAGCCUUCAGCAAGUCUCGAGACUGGUCCUAAACAACAAGUGUGUGUGUGUCAUGCAGAAGUGGGGCGGCAAGAGAGAAGUCAUGUACACAGCCUUUAAAGCGCUUGGAAGGAGUGUUGACUAUGUCCAGGUGUGUGACUCUGACACCAUGCUGGAUCCAGCAUCAUCUGUGGAGAUGGUAAAGGUUCUUGAAGAAGACUCUAUGGUGGGUGGUGUUGGAGGAGAUGUGCAGAUUCUAAACAAAUAUGAGUCGUGGAUCUCCUUCCUGAGUAGUGUACGAUACUGGAUGGCCUUCAACAUUGAGCGGGCAUGCCAGUCUUACUUUGGCUGUGUCCAGUGUAUCAGUGGACCCUUAGGAAUGUACCGAAACUCACUCCUGCAUGAGUUCCUUGAGGACUGGUACAAUCAGACCUUCAUGGGAUCCCACUGCAGUUUUGGGGAUGACCGCCAUCUUACGAACAGAGUUCUGAGUCUUGGGUAUGCAACCAAGUACACGGCACGUUCCAAGUGCCUAACAGAGACACCAAUUACAUACUUGAGGUGGCUCAAUCAGCAGACUAGAUGGAGUAAAUCCUAUUUCCGAGAAUGGCUCUACAACUCCAUGUGGUUCCACAAGCAUCAUCUUUGGAUGACCUAUGAGGCUGUGAUUACUGGGUUCUUCCCAUUUUUUCUCAUUGCCACUGCGAUACAACUCUUCUACCAAGGAAGACUUUGGAAUAUUUUGUUGUUUCUCCUGAUUGUGCAAGCAGUGGCAUUGAUCAAGUCGACAUUUGCCAGCUGCCUCAGAGGCAACAUUGUCAUGGUGUUUAUGUCCUUUUAUUCCGUACUGUACAUGUCAAGCCUGUUGCCAGCCAAAAUGUUUGCAAUAGCAACAAUCAACAAAUCUGGAUGGGGAACAUCUGGGAGGAAAACAAUAGUGGUGAACUUCAUUGGUCUCAUUCCAAUUUCAGUUUGGUUCACUAUCCUCUUCAUUGGGAUCAUCUACACUACAAUACUGCAGACUAAAAAACCCUUUCCUGAAUCAGAAAUGCUCAUUCUGAUUAUUGGGGCAGUUGUCUAUGCCAGUUAUUGGGUGAUACUGUUGACUUUGUAUGCAGUGCUCAUAAACAAGUGUGGUAAAAGGAAGAAGGAAACACACUACGAUAUGGUGCUGGACGUUUGACUUACUUAGGCUACAAAACUUAUUUUGUACCACUGAAAUGCCUUGUUUUUUUUCCAUUCUUAAUGACACACUUCUUGGAGAUAAUCUGAUAAAAUGAGCAUCUCUGGAGUUUUAUGUUAAGUUAAACUGCGAUGGGCGAAACCAAAAUAUUCAAACUUGAAUGACAAGAAUACAAAAAUGACAGUGGGUGCUUCGUAUUCAUUCAGGAGCACCAUCACCAUCAUAGGAAAAUAUUUUUAGUUAGCUUGCCUAUAUUUAAGUAAAAUGAUUUUGUUCAUCGGAAGAACAACUUCUAUAGCAUUGCUAUUGGCAAACAUGAUGAAUCAGUAUGGCAAGAGGAAGCAUUUUUAGUUGGCAGGAAGCAUGUGUGGCUUUGCAUGGAUAGCUACCUCUUACUUGUCAUCUUCACUGGGUUUCAGUAUUACGUUAGCACAUCUCACCUAAAGAAACUAGCUAUUACUCAUUAAGGUUUUUCUUAACCAUUGGGAACUCCAGAGCAAAGCUGUGCAAAUAUUUGUUUGCCUUAACUAAAAAACGGAAUUUCCAAAGUCUCAGCCUCUGCCACGUUGCUUUCUACAAUGUCGAUGCAAACGGCACAUAUUGCUGUCAAUUGUGUGCAGUUAUGCCAAUAUACUGUAUACGAUACUUAGUUUGGUGUGUGGAACCGUAUUUGUCAUUCCAUUCUGCGUAGUCGGUCCAGAGGCUAUACAUUGUUGUACCUUGACAGCAUUUUUAAUACAAAAGGUUGCAACGACUAUAAAAUGGAAAGCUGCUUUCUUUCUUUUAUUGUUUUCAAGUCAUAUGGGGACAAUCCUGUAAUAUUUUACCUUUUUUUCUUGAGGAGUUUCAUGUAAAUGAAACAGAUGAUCUUCAUUCUGAUAAGACACCAAUUGUUGAGUUUAAAGUAUGAUAUAUUGAUCUACUAAUACCUUUGUUUAAACAUUUAAAAAAAUCUAAAAAUAAUUUAAAAAAAAAUACUAGGCCAAUUAACAUUUGUCUGUUGUAGGUUGUGCUUGAGUAUACAGUGUAGAAUUGCUGUUGAAUGAAACCAUAGGAAAUUUUCUCUCCAAAUCCAUCUCAGAUUUUUUUAAUGUCCCACAUAGAAGUAGGGAUGGGAACUUAUAAGAAUUUAGCGAUUCUGUUAUGUAAUAUGGCUUAUGGAUAUGAUUCCUUAUCGAUUCUCUUGAGAAUAAAACAAUACAAAUGAUAGAUGAUAUUAUUGAUGUCAUUAUCAUUACUGAUACGAUAAUAUUAAAGAUUUUUCUGCGCAGUGUUGUGUGACUUUAUAUGCUGAGAUAGGUAAUAUAUAGGGAUAGGGAGAUUAUACAUAUACUGGACGGUUUAUAGGUAAUUACUGAUAUGGUAUUUUUCCUUACAUGAAAUUAUGGAAAUUUUCACUAUUGCACUUUUACACAGUACGAGCUAGGCAUUUGUUACGCAUCCACACUCAGCUCACAAGUGACCCGUGUAACAAUAAUAGUCACCUCUUGAGCAUGUCAUUCCAGUGCCCCACUCUCCAGGCAUGACUAAUCACGUUACGUUCAAUCCAACUGUUACACUAAUGUAAGCGUGGGUUGACUGGUCAUGCCUGGAGAGUAAAGCACAAGUAUGACGUUGUUGUGUUACCGUCUCAGACGCUAAAAGGAAUUCAAUAAACAGAAUCAUCAGGCAAGUUAACAAAAGAUUCCUAGAAAACAGUUUAUCGGGAUUGGAGUUCUCAAAAAGAACCCGUUUCCAGAAAUUACAUAAUAAUAUAAUCGAUUUGAUUCCCAUCCCUACUUAGAAGUGACCCCCAUAUGACUUGAACUCAGUAUUUUUCUGUAUGUUUACAAAGUGAAGAAUCUCAAACUGAUCACUGAUUGGUAGAUGUACAUUCCACCAGAUCAGGUGAAAAUGUGACCAGAAGAGAGACUGUGUAUCAUUGCUGCUGUGACAAUUUUAUCUUUUUCCAGAAACAAUGAAUUGUGUUUAAGAUGAUUAUAUGUUGAAAAUGGGUUUAACACUAUAUUGUGAAUCUAUGCCUUUUUCCAAGUUUAAUGCAAUUCACCAGAAGACAUAAUUGAUAUUUUCUAUUCUAAUGAUGUUGUGAAUCAUGCUUUCUUCAUGCCCUUGCUCACUUCCUUUUAUCAUAUGACCUUUCACUACAUGUAUCUGCUUCAGCACCUAAUGACAGAUUUAGUGAGAAAUGUUUCAUUUGUUAUGGA